ACGGAAGUGACAUCUAGUGCGCAUCGACUGGUGUCGAGAGUGCAGCAGACGAUUCUCGAUUUCCCCCUGUGCCAUCUGCUGUAUAGCAUACACUAUGGCGACUUGUUCACGCCACGGGAAACAAGGCCAGUCGGUCUCACAACGCGAUUUAACAGUUUAGCAGAGGAUACCGGUGGAAAAACAAAGAAAAUGGCCUGAAAGCUGGAGAAAAGUGUCCAUACUGGAAUUAAGACGCAGACGACAAUGUGAACUACAGUUCGAUAUCGAUUGAUUCGGCAAUUGUAGCGUUGUUUAGGAGAGAGAGAAUGAAAAAGGGAGAUAUACACGCUUCACAGUGGAUAUCCUUUGUGCUUCCUUCCAAGUGAGACCACCUUGCAAUGCGAAUCUCUACCCCGAGGUCGGAAUAACUACCCAAGGGAUUGGAAUAUGGGUGAAUAUAGUGUCGUAUACUAUAAUUGAUCUGUGUUGAGUACGUCAGCUAGCGGUCACUACUAUCGCCGCUACACGAGGUGGGCAAUGUGAUACUGUAACAAUCAGUUGUGUGUAGAUGGAAGGGUAUACAACUCUAAGUUUUACCUUGACAGUGUAGCUGCUACAUGAAAUGAAAGGGACGGUGCGUCUGUGGAAUACCAUCCACUCUGACAUUGCAGCCUCCCGUAGGUUUACUAACGGCUGUGGGAGUAAUAUAAGCCGGAGCUAUCGUCCUCGUGGCUCACCACACAGGUCAUGGCGCUUCCUAUCUUGCCAAGGUUGUAUCCACGGCUGUUGACGACAUUUAAUGCAUCCUUGUCAGAUACUGAAGUCUAAAGUCAUCUCACAACCACGACAGUAUCAAGGCAAUUUAAACAUUUCUAUAAUGUAGAUAGUUUUAUGUUUAUGGAUUAUAGGUCCCAACGCUCAACAUCAUACGACCAAUAUCCCAUAGUAUUCAAUAUUAAUAAUACAGGAUUUGAAGUCAUAAUAAAGGCGAAACCUAAGAAGUCAGUGAAUAUAUUGACAUUGAGCCUAUUGACUGUUUUCUAACAGUUUGAUUUCACAUAACGUCGUUUGUCAGAAAGGGUAGUCGUGCGAACACUUAGAAUUGGAACAAUUGGAUAUGAAUAAAGGUAGGAUAGAACAUUGAUCGGAAUAAGAACGAUAUUACAAGAAGUCCAAUUAAAUAGAACUGUGGAUAUAAAAGUGUUGAGCUUACACAAACGCAUACACAAAGCUGGGUAGUGAUCUAACGUGUAUAUAACUGAAGUAUGGUAACGACAGAAAGUCGCCACAAGCCACCUUGUUAAUGAUUCCAAUAAGUAAGAUAGAUAAAUAUAUACUGUUGUUUAUGAUGGAAUAAUUGAUAAUGAACAGACACCACAAGCCGCAUGUCAAUUCACAAAUGCGGGUUUUGUUCUGACUGUAGGGUUUAUAAAGACGUCGUUGAUAGUGUUGCAAUUCAGCUGUCAAGAUUUCGCGGUUUAGCGAAGCCCCGGACCCCCCUCGACAUCAGCAGCAGGAAGAACGCAGCUAUGUGGGUACGAUGAAGAAGCAGAAUGUCAGAACGUUGUCCCUUAUCGUGUGUACCUUCACCUACCUGUUGGUCGGAGCAGCAGUCUUUGAUGCCCUGGAAUCGGAGUUCGAGGGGGAGAAAAGGCGUUUACUAGAAGCCGACGAGGAAACAAUGAAAGAUCGCUACAACAUCACAGAAGAAGAUUUUGAGAAAUUGAGAUUCACAAUCAUCAAGAACGUUCCCUACAAGGCAGGCACUCAGUGGAAGUUUGCUGGGGCGUUUUACUUCGCUCUGACGGUCAUCACUACAAUAGGGUAUGGCCACAGCACACCUCAGACAGUCGGAGGGAAGAUAUUCUGCAUGUUCUAUGCCUUGGCAGGGAUUCCUCUGUGUAUCGUCAUGUUCCAAAGUGUCGGCGAGAGACUCAACACUUUCGUCACAUUUGUCCUCAAGCAGCUAAGGAAGUGUUUCAGGAUGAAGAAUACAGAGGUUUCUCAGACUAAUCUGAUCCUCGUGGCCAUGAACCUGUCCACCAUUGUACUGACUACAGGGGCAGCAGCGUUCUCUUAUUACGAGGGCUGGGAGUACAUCAACUCGCUCUAUUAUUGUUUCAUCACUCUUACAACAAUCGGGUUUGGGGAUUUUGUCGCGCUUCAGAAAAAUAAUGCGUUGGAGUUAAAACCCCAUUAUGUGGCGUUUAGUUUGAUAUUUAUAUUGUUUGGCCUCACAGUGAUAUCCGCCGCCAUGAACCUUCUUGUGUUACGAUUUUUGACGAUGAAUACCGAAGAUGAACGAAGGGCGGAACUGGCUGCUGUUGCAGCUGCGCAGGGUGCUGUGCGGUUGGACGGGGAUGUUAUUACUGCAAAUGGCAGUGUGGUUUCCGGUGCUCAGGAAACGCCUGAAUAUAACGAUCUGAUAUCAGUAUGUUCUUGUUCAUGUUAUAACCUUCGAUCUAAACAUAAACCCCGGUAUAAAGUGACUCGAGGACCGGGAAAGAUCGCUCAUCUUCUUCCCAUGAAGUCCUCAGUGGCAAAAGAGGACAGUCAAAGUGGCGGGGUCGAAGAUACGAACUCGUAUUUGCAAUGGCAAAUGCUCAGCCGGAAACGAGCUUCGAUAUGACGGCGGAUAUGGUUAAGACGCCAUGUUUGAUAUUCCAUGUUAAAGUGCGCUUUGUUGACUACGGGGGCGAGUGUGACGCUCUCUGGUGUGUAUAUAUUUCAUAUUCUACUACCUCUUCAAUCGGACCCUGAUCUGAUCAUGGAUUUCGUUACUUCACUUACUUGAUUGCAAUGUCUUCCGUCAUAUCUUAUCUUAGUUCACCUUACCGGCAUAUAGUUGAACAGACCAGUUGUUAGCUCGCAUGAUGAGCACAGUGAUGGAUGGAUGGUCGCAUAGAAACAUUACAGUUUGGAGUAUAUAUAUAUAUAUAUAUAUAUGUGUUAUAUAUAUAGAAGUGUGUUGACAGUGUUGAUUUCAAGUUAACAGUUAUGGUGAUUCUGACAUGGUUUCACAUGUUUUAAUGUGAUUCUUUGUGAAAUGUUUGUUUUGAAGCUCAACUAUCAAGCAUUAUCCUUUGUUAUGAGUGCAAUAUUAUCGGUGUAUCCACAGUGAGGGAGUUAAGGGUAAAAUGUAUGCACAUGCGGGGAUAACAUAAUGAAAAUGAAAAAAACACAUCGUUAAUGGUAUGAGAUAUAAAAGUAGUGCAACAUUCUGACAGAUAUAUACAAACCAAGGACUUAUAAUCUGUGGUUCAAGAUAGCACUUGUGAUAGCUUUGAUACUCUGGGGACAGGGAGUUAUCGCAUGGCAUACAUUUAUAUGUAUUCAUAAUGGAGAGGAAUAGGUUUUGACUGUGUUAUAGUCACAGGUUAGAUGUGUUUGCAUCCUUCAACAUCCACCACAGUUGUCUCUCAUUCUACUCCAUUCCUGUGAUCAACCAAGUUAAAAAAUGAACUCCGAGAUGACAUCGAGUUCGUUUAUUAAUAUAUUUGAGACAUUUGCAUAUUUGCCAUAUGUUCUAAUUAGGUCAUUUUGGAUUGUCCUUGGUAAAAACCCAUUUGGUUCAAACUUAUUUUGUUACAAAAAUCAGUUAGGUCAGUGACAUUUUGUCAAGUGAUGAACAACAAUCUAUAAAAGGCAUUCUUUGACUUUGCCAUAUGAAAAUUGUCCUGAACUUUUCCCAAAUUAUGAAAAUGUAUGUUUUUCGUAAUCAUAUGCACAGUUACACAAAUGGAACCUUUUCAAAGUGUUCUCCGUUGGGACAAAUAUCAGAAGACUCAAUUAGAAGAUAACCUUCUGAACAAUGACAAGGGUUAUCUUUCAUAUAUUUCUUUAUGAAUAGUGUUUACGUAUCGGAUUGAAACUUCACGAUCACAUUGUACUUGUUUCUUUUAUUCAUUUUAUGAAACUAAUUCAUGUAAUGUUCUUUUCACCAUUUUCUAUUAAGCUCAUUUAUCGCCCUCUUUAUAUAUUGUGGAGUAAUGGCUGGCUUGGUCUAGCGGGUACCAUGUUUUUAUAUGUUUUGUAAGUCCGUAACAGAGGAUUAACAUGAUUCUACCCGGUACAACAUAAACAUGUUGUUAGAUUGUUAUUAUUCGAAAUUGAACAGAUGUUAACCUAAUUCAAAGUAUGUUGCUCCACGCAAUGAUGUCGAG